GGCCAGCUAGCUCUCUCAACCCAACUUCUUUGAUAUAGGGCAACCUGUUCUGGGAUUUUUUUACACCGACCUUUUAAAGCAGCAAUAUGAGGCCGCCAUGUAAAUAUAAAGCUUUAUAUCUGCGAAACUUGAAAUAUUUAUUAACAAAUGGCCGGCCAAGAAUUUUAUCCACAUCUUUGUCUUCAAGGAAUCCAAUGAUUCUCCACUUUUCCUAAUAAAUUCUAUUUCUAUCUCAGCUUCUCCAUGAUGCGUGGCCGGCCAAGAAUUUUAUCCACGUCUUUGUCUUCAAGGUAUCCAAUGAUUCUCCACUUUUCCUAAUAAAUUCUAUUUCUAUCUCAGCUUCUCCAUCUUAAGAGCAAGCCCAACCAUGGUUUACUUCUUUCUCAGAAAUGUUAAUAUGUUACUCUUAGUCCUGUUGAUGUUCUUGGUUGCUGCUUCUCUGCGUGCACCCACUGACCAAAUUUCGUCUUGUUUAACUCUUCAUAAUGCAAAGAACUUCACUACAUUUCCUACAGCGGAAAAUGAGUCCAGAGCUUAUUACAUGCUUCUUAAUUUUUCCAUCCAGAAUCUUCGAUUUGUCGAUCCAAUAGUGCCUAAACCAAUAGCCAUUAUAGUGCCAGAGAGUGUGGAGCAGCUGUUGAAUAGUGUACUUUGUUGCAGGAAAGCAUUGUUGGAGAUUAGGGUAAGGAGCGGUGGACACAGCUAUGAAGGGACUUCAUUUGUAGGCAGUGAUGGGGCUCCUUUUGCUAUCAUCGACAUGAUGGCUUUGAACAGUGUUUCAGUAGAUUUGGAGAAGGAAAUGGCAUGGGUUGAAGGGGGUGCUACACUUGGUGAGACCUACUCCGCAAUUGCCGAGGCAAGUGGCAUACAUGGGUUCUCGGCUGGAUCAUGUCCAACUGUUGGUGUUGGUGGGCACAUUGGCGGAGGUGGCUUUGGUUUAUUGUCAAGGAAAUAUGGACUUGCAGCUGAUAAUGUUAUCGAUGCACUUCUUGUUGAUGCAAAUGGAAGGUUACUAGAUAGGAAAGCCAUGGGAGAAGAUGUGUUUUGGGCAAUCAGAGGGGGUGGGGGAGGUCUCUGGGGCAUCGUUUAUGCCUGGAAGAUCCAAUUGCUGAGAGUGCCAGAAAUCGUAACCGGCUUCAUCAUCUCUAGGCCUGGUACAAAACGAUAUGUAGCCAGUUUAGUAAACAAAUGGCAGCAGGUUGCACCCAAAUUGCAAGAUAAUUUCUACUUGUCAUGCUUUGUGGGUGCUGGUCUACCAGAAGCCAAAGAAAUUGGAAUAUCAGCUACCUUCAAAGGGUUUUAUUUAGGUCCUCGAAAGGAAGCAAUUUCCAUCGUAAAUCAAGUUUUCCCAGAACUGAGUAUUUUGGCAGAAGAAUACGAGGAAAUGAAUUGGAUAGAGUCAAUUUUGUUCUUUGGAGGACUCAGUAAUGGAAGCUCUGUACUCGAUCUGAAGAAUCGUUAUUGGCAGGACAAAAAGUUCUUCAAGGCGAAGUCGGACUAUGUAAAGAGUCCAAUAUCUUUCAGAGGAAUAAUUGUUGCCUUAGAGAUACUUGAGAAGGAGCUUAAGGGGUAUGUAAUAUUGGAUCCUUAUGGAGGAUUCAUGCACAGAAUUAGCAGCGACGCCAUUGCUUUCCCUCACAGAGAAGGCAACCUAUUCACAAUUCAGUACCUGGUGGAGUGGCACGAGGAAGAUAAUAACAGGAGCAAUGAGUACAUAGAUUGGAUAAGAGGAUUUCAUUAUUCCAUGACACCCUUUGUUUCAAAGGGUCCACGGGUCACAUACAUCAAUUAUAUGGAUUUGGAUCUUGGAGUGAUGCAGUUAAUAAAUACUAGUAUUCUAUCUGAGGAUGCAGUGGAGAUUGCCAGGGCUUGGGGUGAGAAAUACUUCUUGAACAACUAUGAUAGGUUGGUUCGAGUGAAGACGAUGAUUGAUCCUAACAAUAUUUUUCGCAAUCAGCAAGGCAUUCCCCCAAUGUCCUCGGUGGGUCUUAAAGCUAGGAGCUAAACAAUCUAGUCGUGUAAAAAAAAAAGGGAGGGUUCCCAUCUACAACCUUUUAGCUUGAGAAACCACCUGGAGGGUUGAAUCUUUGGAUGCAUUAGAAACAUGUUUAUUGUGAGUGGUUGGUUUAUACUCUAUAUGUGCUGUUAAGAUAACUUAGUCCCAUCUGAUGUUUUUCAUA